AUGGACCAACACUUCCUUAGUGACGCCCCUCGCCUUGGAAGUCAACCUGUGGGUAUCUGUUCUCAAGAUGCCAGCUUUCCGUCCCGUUCACACGAGUUCCAAAGAGAGACUGCGUUGCUCCUCAACACAAUUGAGAUGGCGGAUGAGCAAAGAGCAGAAAAAACCCGCGGAUACUUUCAGCUGAUGCAAGGUCUUCCGGAAAGUGCCUCUAAUGGUCACCGUGCUGCCCAGAUAGAAGAAACCAAGACGACUCCGCUGUUUUCCAAUCACGUUCAGAAGGUUCUGAGGAGUCGUAUCACGGGUGCCGGUGCACCCAAUGACGCUCCUUUCCCUCAGUAUGGCCUUCUAGGCAUACGUGAGCAGACCUACAAUUCCUAUUUGCCAGAUGCAACCGAGACUUUGUCACCUGAUGACAAUUUCAUCUUUGCCAACAUGAAUGCGCCCUGGUCCUCCUUUAUCUGCGGCUCACAAGGAGCUGGCAAGAGUCACUCGCUCUCUUGCCUGUUGGAGAACUCACUGUUGGCUUCAUCCCCAGCAGGAGAGAAUCCAAAUCCUCUUGCUGGACUCGUCUUUCACUAUGACAAGUUCACAAGUAGUGAGAGCACGCAGUUCUGCGAGGCGGCAUAUUUGUGCUCGUCGGGAAUUCCUGUGCGGGUUCUUGUCUCCCCGAGCAACAUCCAUGCGAUGCACAAGCUCUACAGAAACCUUCCCGGAAUGCCUAGAGAUGCUCCACGUCCGGAAGUCAUCCCACUCUUUUUCCAAGAAAACCAACUCAAUGUCACACGCUUGAUGACGUUGAUGGCUGUCGACGACAAGGUCAAGGUGCCACUGUACAUGGAAGUCCUUUUCAAGGUACUCCGUGAUAUGACAGCUGAAAAAAAGGGCGCUGGAGGCGUGGAUUACCUCGACUUUAAGGCCCGAUUGUCCAGAAAGGGAUUCAAUUCCGCACAAAACGGACCGCUCAGACUACGUCUAGAAGUGCUCGAGUCUUUCCUUGCACACAAAGACCAGCCUGCGGAAUCCGAAGCCCGCCUGAGGGACAUGUUCAAGUCUGCUCAAGGGAGCCUCACCAUCGUCGAUUUGAGUUGCCCUUUCGUUAGCGAGAACGAUGCUUGUGCGCUCUUCACGAUUUGCCUCUCAAUUUUCAUGGAGAACCGCGCUGACUGCGGUCGUGUCAUCGCGCUCGAUGAAGCUCACAAGUUCCUGACAAGGUCGGGAGAGGCUGAAAAGCUCACGGAUGAGUUGACAUCGAUUGUUCGUCAACAACGCCACCUCGCUUCACGCAUUAUUGUGUCGACACAGGAACCGACACUCGCGCCCCGACUCAUUGAUCUCUGCAACGUCUGCAUCGUUCACCGAUUCAGUUCACCUGCGUGGUUUGAAAUGCUACGAGACCAUCUUGCUGGUGCCAGCCGCCACAAGAGGUGCGACAAUGCAGAGUUGUUCGAGACGAUAGUUGGCUUAGAGACCGGAGAAGCGCUAAUAUUCUGUCCUGCGGCUUUGUUUGAUGUAUACAAUGGCAAUGUGCACAUGUUGAAAGACGCAUUCAUCAGAGCCCGCAUCAGAAACCGCGUGACCGCUGAUGGUGGAAAGAGCAUCUUAGCUUCUGACGAGAUGCAGACUGAUGAACGUACGGAGAUCCUGACCAAGGAACUAAUUCGACCGUUUGCGGAGCCGAUGCCGAUGGUAGCUUGGGGCAAACAGUCUGUCAACCAGCCAGCCAGGAAGUUAAGUAAAGCAGAACGUCGCGUGGUCAUGGCUGGACGCGUGACGAAGAGCCAAACUGGCCUGUCUCAGUCUAACAAUUUAAGAAAAGGUCUGACAUAUGCGCAAGCACAAGGCUGGCAGCAAGAGGGGUUACCAGUUCCAACAGCACCUGUUGGACACAACCCAGUGCAAGGACCGACUCGAGAUCCACCACUACAUUCUGUCCAGGGUACACUGGAGAGCCUAGGGCAAGGUCCACUGUCCGGUAGACCACUCCCUACUGAUCAUUUGAGUCCAGCACGGAUGCCAGUCGACAUAACCUCAGGUCCCACUUAUGCAACACAGCCUCAGAAUUUCUCCACCGAAAUCCCGCGUCGAUCAAAUUCGAAGAUGUACGGAGUGAAGCAGCGCGGUGUGCAGGUUUGCAUGAGAAGUUUUUUGCAGACACUAAAUGGAAGACCUGGUCUAGAAGAGUAA